AUCCUCAGCGAAGGGGACAUUGAUAGUGCAGUCAAGACGAUGGUGGCGAGGAUCACUGGUCUUAUUGAUAAGUGGAUGCAGAACGGAUCCAACUGGACCGUUUCUCGAGUGAGACAGCUGGAUGUGUCGACAGCAAAGUACACUCCUCUUCGAGGUGGUGCAGCUGCUAUCCCGCCGAAAUUAGAAAAAAAGAAGGCCAUCAUUAACGUAAAGAACAACGAUGACAGGUGUUUGAUGUGGGCGUUGUUGUCAGCGCUGCACCCCGUCGAACAGAAUGCUGAGCGUGCAUCCAAGUACACCCAGUAUGUUGAUGAGCUGCGGUUCGAUGGUGUGAUGUUCCCUGCAACGCUCCGUGAUGUACCCAAAGUGGAGUUACAGAAUGGUCUUGCAAUCAAUGUGUUUGGCUACGAGGGGAAUCUGUACCCACUCUAUCUCAGCGAGCGACAGGAGACUCCAAUCAACCUCCUUCUUCAUGACAACCACUUCACAUGGAUAAAAAACUUCAGUCGUGCAUGUGAGAAUAAGAACAAGCGGGCAACACACUACUGCUUGCGAUGCCUCUCCGCACACAAAACAGCAGACUCCCUGCAGCAUCACAGCGAGAGAUGUCAGGUGAUGAAGCCCGUGCCAGUCGUCAUGCCCACAGCAAAGGACAGAAUCCUCAAAUAUACAAAUUUGAAGCACAGGAUGGUGGCUCCAUACAUCAUUUACGCUGAUACGGAGGCCAUCAUUGAGCCGAUGGAGGAACAGCAUGGCAGCAGCACUGUACGCACAGCCCGUCAUGUACCAUGCAGCAUCAGAUAUGCUGCCAUCCGAUCCAACGGUGAAGUCCGUGGCGAGUUUGACGACUGCAGUGAGAAUGCCAUUCACAACUUUUUCGACAGUCUCAAAGAGUUGGAAGGCAGUAUCCAGGAGGAUUUGGCUGAUAUCAAGCCAAUUCGCAUGACGGCAGAACUGGAGCUUGAGUUUCAGAACGCAGUCAACUGCUGGAUAUGUGAUGAAGUACUUGGAGAAGAUCGUGUUCGUGACCAUGAUCAUCUCACUGGCAACUACCGCGGUGCUGCACACUACCAGUGUAAUAUUCAGCUAAGUAUCUACCCAGAUCGCCAGAUCAUUCCGGUUGUGUUUCACAACCUGAAAGGGUACGAUGCUCACCACCUCAUCGCCCACAUUGGUAUGACCGAGGUUGAAGAGGGUGUCUACCCCUACGAGUACAUGGACUCCUUUGCUCGGUUUGAUGAGACACAGCUGCCACCUAAAUCAGCAUUUGAGUCUAGUUUGACUGGAGAAGGUAUCAGUGAUGCCGACUAUGCCCAUGUUCAGAACGUAUGGCAGGAUAUGCAUGGGAUGCUCUACUACGGUUCACCCAGAUUGAACUGCAGCUGCUCACGGAUGUAG